GCCAGAGUCAAGUACGUUGACUAUAUUUUACCGACCGGUGCAUUGGAUAGCAAAAUCAUUUUGUUUUCUGAUGUGCAGCUGAAAGCACACAAUAUCAGUUAAUUUAGUUUAGACAUAUAAAAUCUUACAAUGGCUGACGAAGACGUAGCUGCGCUUGUUAUUGAUAAUGGAUCUGGUAUGUGUAAAGCCGGUUUCGCCGGUGAUGAUGCUCCAAGGGCUGUUUUCCCCUCCAUUGUUGGACGACCAAGACAUCAGGGUGUCAUGGUUGGUAUGGGACAGAAAGACAGUUAUGUUGGAGAUGAAGCCCAAUCCAAAAGAGGUAUCCUCACCUUGAAAUACCCCAUUGAACACGGUAUCGUCACCAACUGGGAUGAUAUGGAAAAGAUCUGGCAUCACACUUUCUACAAUGAACUUCGAGUUGCUCCAGAAGAACAUCCCGUCCUUUUAACUGAAGCUCCCCUCAAUCCCAAAGCCAACAGAGAAAAGAUGACCCAAAUCAUGUUUGAAACCUUCAAUUCACCAGCUAUGUAUGUUGCUAUCCAAGCUGUAUUAUCCUUGUACGCUUCUGGUCGUACCACCGGUAUUGUACUGGAUUCUGGUGAUGGUGUCAGCCACACUGUACCCAUCUAUGAAGGUUAUGCCCUUCCCCACGCUAUCCAGAGAUUGGAUUUGGCUGGUAGAGAUUUGACCGAUUACUUGAUGAAAAUCUUGACCGAGAGAGGUUACUCAUUCACUACCACAGCUGAGAGAGAAAUUGUCCGAGAUAUCAAGGAAAAGUUAUGUUAUGUUGCUCUUGAUUUUGAACAAGAAAUGCAAACGGCUGCCACGUCAUCAUCUUUGGAAAAGAGUUAUGAACUUCCUGAUGGUCAAGUCAUCACUAUUGGUAACGAAAGAUUCCGAUGCCCAGAAGCUAUGUUCCAACCAUCUUUCUUAGGUAUGGAAUCUUCUGGUAUUCAUGAAACAACUUUCAAUUCUAUAAUGAAAUGUGAUGUUGAUAUCCGUAAAGACUUGUAUGCCAAUACUGUAUUAUCUGGAGGUUCUACCAUGUAUCCUGGUAUUGCCGACAGAAUGCAGAAAGAAAUCACCUCUUUGGCGCCUAGCACAAUGAAGAUUAAAAUUAUUGCCCCACCAGAGAGAAAAUAUUCCGUAUGGAUUGGUGGCUCUAUUUUGGCUUCUCUCUCGACCUUCCAACAGAUGUGGAUCUCCAAACAAGAAUAUGAUGAAUCCGGCCCCGCAAUCGUCCACAGAAAGUGCUUCUAAAUUAUGGAGAUAUUACAUAUUUAGUAAUGACACAAACACUACGGACAAAAAGAAAAAUUCCUACGGCACAGGAAUGGAAAGUUUAUGGGUCCUCCCCCAAAGUGACAAGACCCUGUGUUCCACUAUUGGUGUGCUGCCCUGCGGACCUGCAAGAGAUCUGAAGAGUGUGCGUGCCGUUGAUUUUUAAAAACAGUUUUUAAAUGAACAUUUUCUAAUUCAAACAAAGUAAUUUCUAUUAUGUUAAUGAUUUCCCUUUUCCAAUGUUUUCCAUUCCAUUUUACAUUUUUACCUUGUUUCGUGGUCUUUUAAAAAAACAUAAAAGUUUUAUGUUUAAUUGCAACCAUGUGUGAUUGAAAAUUGAACUGUUACAUUAAUCGACAUAAUUGACAUAAAAAAUUUGUACAUUUAUUGUUAA